AUGUCGUCACAUCAGCGGUCCUUCUCCCAUUCCCAGUCCCAGUCCGGGGCCAAGGAAAAGACCUAUUUCGAGCAGCAGCGCGAAGAGCUCAUCGGCGAGAUUGCCAUGAGCUUCGAGCAUGUCCUCGCCAACAUCAACAAACUGAACCGGUCGCUUGAGGCUGUCAUCACAGUCGGAAACGAAUUCUCCUCCGUCGAGGCGCUGUGGUCGCAGUUCGAGAACGUUAUGGCCAAGGAGCCCGAACAGAACAAGGAGGGUGAGGGCAGCGGCGAGGGAGAGACGAGGAACGACGAGAGAUCAUGA